AUGCAAGAAAAUCUGCAUUGCCCUCAUUAUGAAUCCAGAACUCAUAAUAAUUUCAAAAUUCUCUCUACAUAUCACGAUGUAUCAAAUUCUCCAGGGCUUCGAGAUUGCUGGUUGCUGUGCAAAGGCAUUUUGGAAUUUCAGUUUGAUCAGACUUCAGAAGUUAAACCUACUCCCAAAUUUGCCAAAAUGGUCAUUCGAACUUGGUUGAAAUUUUCUGGUUGCAAUCAAGCUAUGCUUCUCCUGGGAUCUAGGAGAGAAAUGGGAAAGCUUCACCAUCCCAUGAACUGGUCCUGCACAGCAAUGCUCUCAUUGCUCUUUAUCCCAAGUAUCUCCAAAGGCAUACAUGUGACUCAACCAGAAGUGGUCCUGGCCAACAGCAGAGGGAUUGCCAGCUUUCUAUGUAAAUAUGAGUUGACAGCCAAAACCAAAGAGAUCCGAGUUAGUCUGCUCCGACAGAUGAACAAUCAGUUGGUUGAAGUCUGUGCCUCAACAUACCUGGUACAGAAUCAACCAGUGUUCAUGGAUGACAUGCUUGAGUGCACAGGAAAUGUCAGUGAGGAUAAAAUGAUGCUCACUCUCACAGGUCUGAAGGCCUUGGACACUGGACUGUACUUCUGCAAAGUGGAACUCAUGUAUCCUCCCCCCUACUACAUGGGUUUAGGCAACGGAACACAGAUAUAUGUCAUUGAUCCUGAACCUUGUCCAGACUCGGAUAUCUCUUUCUGGAUAUUGGCUAUAGUCUGCUCUGGGCUAUUUUUUUACAGCCUCCUCAUCACAGCUGUUUCCUUGAAUAAAAUGAUAAAGAAAAGGAGUCUUCUGACUACAGGAGUCUAUGUGAAAAUGCCUCCAACAGAACCCGAACAUGAGAAGCAAUUUCAGCCCUACUUUAUAACUAUCCACUGA